CUUCUCCCCGUCCUCCGUCAUCACUCCCCCCCAAAACAACAUACCGGUAGCCAACGCCUUUUGUUCUGCUUUCCGGCUUUUCACCUCGACCCUUCCCCUACCCCUGCCCUUGGCCUCUGCUUGACUCGAAAUCUUGCCUUUGAUCUAGGAAGUUAUUACCGCUCAACAUGGUCCAAUUUUCCGAAGAAACCAAGGAGCGUAUCUCCAAAGUCAUUGACGUUUCCAGAGUUGCUAUCCACUACGGAUAUCUUCCUCUGAUCAUCUAUCUCGGCUACACUUAUAGCGAGCCUAGACCUUCACUUUUCAAGCUGUUCUCGCCACUUGCAUAGAGUCGUGGAAGGCUUAGUCGCAUCACAUACGAGGCCUCCCUCCAAAAAAUAGUGCAUCUGAGAUCCUAAUUCCUCAAUCUGUGGCGAGUAUGAAAUUGGGUUGAACCGGUCCUUCUGCACGGAGCCUCGGCCUCUCGCCUACUCGCCGGUGAGGAAAUACGAAACAGUAUUUGCAGGAGUUCAACAAAGACGGAGGGGUAUUUCUAACACUGUGUUGGGAUUUGUAAUUUCUUUCAUUUUUUGGUUUUGGUUUGGUUCUUGCGAAUGACUUAAUUUGACUUCUUCUUUCACCUCUUCAUUCUUCUCUCCCGUUUCAGGGUAUCAUACAUGAGAGUGACGCG